CUCUACUCACUCUGCCUCACAACUCAACUAUUCAAAACAAACCCGCCUUCACUUCCAAGCGUUCUCCCAAUUUCCAUUUCUUCUCAAACUAACCACAACUUAUAUAGUAUAUUUAGCAUCAGUUCCAUAUAUUUCUCUCUAAACUGAAGUUGAUUCUUUCACUGUAUGUUAAAAGGAGAAAAUUCGAAUUAUUAUCGAUACACGAAGAAUGACGGAGAAUCAAUAUUAUGCACCUCCCCAUGCUGAUGCAUCGAGGCCUUCACUAGGAUUCCCUCUGGGAACUGCCCUUUUAUUGCUGAUAAUUUUCAGCUUGAGUGGCAUCUUUUCUUGCUGCUACCAUUGGGACAAGCUUCGUUCUCUCCGUCGAUCCUUCUCAGAUGGCACAGACCUCGAGGCCGGCGGUGACCCUUCAUAUUUGAAAUCUAAACAAGCACAUAUGCAUUGGAAGCAAAACCAAAUGUCAAACAUGCCAGCAGUGUUAAUGCCUGGAGAUGAAGUACCAAAGUUCAUAGCAUUGCCAUGUCCAUGUCAGCCUCCCCGACCAGAAAAGCCAGUUGAUGAGUUACAGCAGCAGCCGGCAUCCCCUAUGAAGCCACCAGAUAUGGCUGUUGGUGUACCUUUCAAUCAAAUUCGUAGUCCUUUUUACUUGUAAAUAUCAAUGAAAUAUAUGAGCAAUUUUCUAGUUCUUUUUCA